CCGCCGCCGCCGCCGCCAUUGCGCGGCGCUGUAACCCUUGAAGGGUGCUCCUGCGGUGAGUGCCUUGACUUCUUGCCCUUGCUUCUCGCUCUCCUAUCCCGGGAGCCCGGCGGGUCCGGGAUUCCCUUCCGUGCCGGUGCGGGCGCCGGCAUGUGGCUGUGGGAGACACAGGGGGGCCUCCUGGGCCCCUUCUCCUUCCUGCUGCUGCUGUUCCUGCUGGUGACGCGCAGCCCCUGCAAUGCCUGCCUCUUCACCGGCAUCCUCUACCUCCUGCUGCGCCUCUUCAGCUUCGAGCCUCUGCCCGCGCGCCGGGCCCUGCAGGUGCUGCAGCCCCGCCCCCACGACGCCCCCGAGAACACGCUGGCGGCCAUUCGGCAGGCAGCUAAGAAUGGAGCCACAGGCGUGGAGCUGGACAUUGAGUUUACCUCUGAUGGGGUUCCCGUCUUAAUGCACGAUAACACAGUGGAUAGGACGACAGAUGGCACUGGUCGAAUAUGUGAUUUGACAUUUGAACAAAUUAGGAAGCUUAAUCCUGCAGCAAAUCACAGAUUAAGGAAUGAUUUCCCUAAUGAAAAAAUCCCUACCCUGAGAGAAGGAGUUGUAGAGUCCCUAAACCAAAACCUCACAAUCUUCUUUGAUGUCAAGGGCCAUGCAAAUAAGGCUAUUGAUGCUCUAAAGAAAAUAUAUAUGGAGUUUCCUCAACUAUACAAUACUAGUAUGGUCUGCUCUUUCUUGCCAGAAGUUAUCUAUAAGAUGAGACAAACAGAUCGGAAUGUAGUAACGGCUUUAACUCACAGACCUUGGAGCCUUAGCUAUACGGGAGAUGGGAAACCACGCUAUGAUAACAUGUGGAAACUGUCCACAUUUGUGGUCUUAGACAUUUUACUCGACUGGAGCAUGCAUAAUGUCUUGUGGUACCUGUGUGGAAUUUCAGCUUUCCUCGUACAGAAGGAUUCUAUAUCCCCGAACUACUUAAAGAAGUGGUCCGCUAAAGGCGUUCAGGUGGUUGGUUGGACUGUUAAUACUUUUGAUGAAAAAAGUUACUAUGAAUCCUAUCUUGGUUCCAGCUAUAUCACCGACAGCAUGUUGGAAGACUCCCCACCUCACUACUAGACUUUUCCCCCAGGGAGGAAGCCAUGGGUACAGAGAUUGCUGGCCUCAUGCAGGGAUACUGAGAAACCCUUUGUGCUAGCCCAAGCCAUGGGGAAUCGGGUGGCCCGCAGAAGCAAUAGUUGGUAAUUGCAUUUUUAGCUUGGACCAAAG